UUCUGUGAGGGGAAGGAGCUGUACAACUGUCCUGACAUUCAGAUCCACUGCGAGGGCAGGGAGCUGCACACCUUGGUCAUUGCCGAGGCCUUUGAGGACGACACAGGUCGCUACACGUGUCUGGCUACAAACCCCAGCGGCUCAGACAGCACAUCUGCAGAGGUGUUCAUUGAAGGAGCCAGUUCAACGGACUCCGAGAGUGAAAACUCAUCUUUUGGAUCAAAAGUCGGAGCUAUGCCACAAGCUCAGAAGAAAACGACGUCCGUUUCCUUAACAAUAGGAUCCUCAUCUCCGAAGACAGGAGUGACCACGGCUGUGAUUCAGCCUUUAUCGGUGCCGGUCCAACAGGUUCACAGUGCUACUUCGUAUCUAUGCCGACCUGACGGAACCACCAUGGGCUGCGUUCUUCCUGUUUUUACUAAGGAGCUACAGAACACAGCAGCAUCGGAGGGUCAGGUGGUGGUGCUGGAAUGCCGAGUCAGAGGGGCUCCCCCGCUGCAGGUCCAGUGGUUCCGGCAAGGGAGCGAGAUCCAAGACUCUCCAGACUUCAGAAUUCUCCAGAAAAAACCGAGAUCGACCGCUGAACCCGAGGAGAUCUGCACCCUUGUCAUUGCUGAGACUUUCCCUGAAGAUGCGGGUAUCUUUACCUGCUCAGCCAGGAACGACUAUGGAUCCGUGACCAGCACCGCACAGCUUGUGGUAACUUCAGCCAACACCGAGAACUGUAGCUAUGACUCAACGGGAGAACCCAACAGUGAUCACUUCCAACACUUUCCACCUCCCCCUCCAAUCCUGGAGACGGGCUCCUAUGAGCUGGCAUCGCAGAAACCAUCUGAAAUCCAGCAGGUGAACGCUCCUAACUUAGGAUUUAGCAUGGCAGCUCUUCAAAUGCAAUUCAACUCUGCAGAGAGGGAGACCAACGGAGUUCAUCCCAGCCAUGGAGUCAAUGGGCUGACUAAUGGCAAAGCUUAUGGCAAUAAAUCUCCUCCAACACCAGCUGCCCUGCUUUCACCCACUAAAGAACCACCACCUCUCCUUGCCAAACCCAAACUGGAUCCUCUGAAGCUUCAGCAACUGCAGAACCAAGUGCGCCUGGAGCAGGAGGCGUGCGCCUGGCCCCCUGCGCCCCCGGGUGUCCCUUGCAACAGCAGCAGCAGCGGCAGCAGCGCACCACCGUCGCCGCCCUUCCCGCCACCGCCACCAGCCUUCCCAGAGCUCGCGGCCUGUGCGUCGCCGGUGCCCUCGGAGCCCAUGAGCGCGCUGGCCUCCCGCUCCACCGCCAUGCAGUCCUCCGGCUCCUUCAACUACGCGCGCCCCAAGCAAUUCAUCGCGGCGCAGAACUUGGGUCCCGCGUCGGGGCUGCCCACACCCACCUCCAGCCCUAGCUCCUCCAGUCUGCCAUCGCCGCUGUCCCCCACGCCCAGGCCAUUCGGCCGUGCGCCCGGGCCUCCCUUCGUGGAACCCGAGGCCAUGUGGGGCCCGUCCUCGCCCUCGCCGCCACCGCCGCCGCCGCCGGUCUUCAGCCCCUCCACCGCUUUCCCGGUGCCCGACGUGUUUCCGCUGCCACCGCCGCCACCGCCGCUGCCCAGCUCCACCUCGCACUGUGCCUCGCCUGCCCGCUUCAGCCCUGGCCAGACGCCUGCAGCCUUCCUCAGUGCUCUGCUGCCUUCUCAGCCUCCGCCUGUCGCUGUCAACGCCUUGGGGCUGCCCAAGGGCGUCACCCCCGCGGGAUUUCCAAAGAAGGCCAGUAGAACCGCCAGAAUAGCCUCUGACGAGGAGAUUCAAGGCACGAAGGAUGCUGUCAUUCAAGACCUGGAACGGAAACUUCGCUUCAAGGAGGACCUUCUGAACAAUGGCCAACCGAGGCUAACCUAUGAGGAAAGAAUGGCUCGCCGCCUGCUCGGUGCCGACAGCGCAAACGUCUUCAACAUCCAGGAGCCAGAAGAAACAGCAGCCAAUCAGGAGUACAAAGUCUCCAGCUGUGAGCAGAGGCUGAUCAGUGAGAUUGAGUACAGGCUGGAGCGCUCCCCUGUGGAGGAGUCAGGAGAUGAGGUGCAGGAAGCCGAUGUGCCUGUGGAAAACGCAGCAGCUCCCUUCUUUGAGAUGAAGCUGAAACAUUACAAGAUCUUUGAGGGGAUGCCCGUGACCUUCACGUGUCGAGUGGCUGGGAGUCCAAAGCCAAAGAUCUAUUGGUUUAAAGACGGGAAGCAGAUUUCUCCAAAGAGCGAUCACUACACCAUCCAGAGAGACGUUGAUGGGACCUGCUCUCUGCAUACCACGGCCUCUACCCUCGACGACGAUGGGAACUACACCAUCAUGGCUGCCAACACUCAGGGUCGGGUCAGUUGUACCGGACGGCUGAUGGUGCAGGCUGUCAACCAAAGAGGCCGCAGUCCCCGAUCUCCCUCAGGUCAUCCUCAUGCCAGAAGGCCUCGCUCUCGAUCACGGGACAGUGGAGAUGAAAACGAGCCCAUUCAGGAGCGAUUCUUCAGACCUCACUUCCUGCAGGCUCCUGGAGACCUGACCGUUCAGGAAGGCAAGCUCUGCAGGAUGGACUGCAAGGUCAGUGGAUUACCAACCCCGGAUCUCAGCUGGCAACUAGACGGGAAGCCCAUCCGCCCUGACAGUGCUCACAAGAUGCUGGUCCGUGAGAAUGGGGUGCACUCCCUCAUUAUAGAGCCAGUCACGUCCCGGGACGCGGGCAUCUACACCUGCAUCGCCACCAACAGAGCAGGCCAGAACUCAUUUAACCUGGAGCUUGUGGUUGCUGCUAAAGAAGCACACAAGGCCCCUGUGUUUAUCGAGAAGCUGCAAAACACGGGGGUUGCCGAUGGGUACCCCGUGCGGCUGGAAUGCCGCGUUUCAGGGGUGCCGCCGCCUCAGAUAUUCUGGAAGAAAGAAAAUGAAUCGCUCACUCACAGCACUGAUCGAGUGAGCAUGCACCAGGAUAAUCAUGGCUACAUCUGCCUGCUCAUUCAGGGAGCAACAAAAGAAGACGCUGGGUGGUACACCGUGUCCGCCAAGAACGAAGCAGGCAUCGUGUCCUGUACUGCCAGGCUGGAUGUCUACACCCAGUGGCAUCAGCAGCCACAGACCACCAAGCCAAAAAAAGUACGGCCCUCAGCCAGUCGCUAUGCAGCACUUUCGGACCAGGGACUAGACAUCAAAGCCGCUUUCCAGCCUGAAGCCAGCCCAUCUCACCUGACACUGAACAGCGGCUUGGUAGAAAGUGAAGACCUGUGAUCGGCGCCCAUGUUGAAGCUGAAAACUGAACGCCAUUGCUUCGACCAGCCUACUCCGCUGUCACACUAUGUGAAAGGCAGAAGUAUACUGUCAACUUACGAAGUAAAAAAAAAAAAACAAAAAACACCAAAAUCAUAUUUUUCUUACUUAAUAGAGAGUCUAAGUAGGUGAUGCUUAUAGAAAUGUACACAUUGCACAGAAAAUUCACAUUUAUUGUCCAGUUUAAGACUUUUGGAACUGCUGUGAUUAAAAUGGUCUGAAAUGCCAAAAUGCCAAAAGAAACCAACUGUUCAGAGGUAACCACAAUGUAUGUUAUCUCUAAGUGCCUUUAAGCACGGGUAUAGGUGCUACAGCAUGGCAGUGUGAAUGUUUGACAGAUACAGUGACUUUGAAGCGCAGUGUCUACAGAUGGCCCCAGUGAACCGCGUGCAAUAUGGAGGGGCGAGAAAGAGGAGGGGAAGUCCUAGGAAAUGCCUUGCCUUCGCAAACUGCUUGUGUUACAUGGGAAAGGAGGAAUUCCUUGCCUUAAGUUCCAUUCAUAUCAGUUUUCCUUGUAUGUUACCUUAGCUAACUUACAAUCUGUGUUGAAUAAAGGGUCACCUUAAACUUAAAGGGUUCCGGAGAAAGCAGAGUUAUAUCACAGUCCAUUCCACAAGAGGCAUCCAGACCACGACCAAGGCAGGUAGCAUUUAGAGGAGGCAGGUUUGGAAGGCAUGAGGGGAAGGAAGGAAGGAAUUGCUACCCACAUGGGGAUCUCAUAUCCAUUUAGAUGAAUGCAUCAGGGCCAGGUCAGGCUUCUCUCUUUGGUUUUCCUCUAAACCUUAAAAACAUAGGUGCAGAAAACACUGCAGUUAACCAGUCAAGGACUCUAGGGGAACACCCGGAAGUCUGGAGCGCGUGUGUGGUAGAGACUUCCCUGUAGCUCAAGGGUGUAGUAGUUGAUGAUGUUAGUAUGUAGAGCAAGUUGGACAUGGUUGAGGUGGCAGGGGUGGAUAUGAGAAGUAGACAGAGGGUCUAGUCUGCCUGAGGAAGAAAGAGACUUGAGAGACAAAAACAAGAGUGCGCUACAACGAACUUCUUUUCCAUUGGCACUAGAGGGGCUGGGUGGAAAUUACGAGUUCCCGUCACCCCCUGGCUCCAUGGAAUCUAGACUUAGGAGAGGGCCAGGCUCUGAGCAUCUGUAAGGCCAGCUGCAAAGACUGCUUUUGGAAUGCACGAUUCUGCAUCAGCUAAACUGAGUUGAAUCUGACCAGACUUGAUGACUUUAAGUCGGAACCAAUUUUUUUUCUUUUUUUAAGUGAGAGAAAAUAAUUUGGCCUGAUAGUGUAAAACAUGAGGCUUUAAAGGUACUUUGCUAUGAAAAGAAAACACUGUGUUUGUUCCUCAUCAAAACCUAUCUAUUGUUCAUUAUUUAUAAAGGUGUUGAACUUUCUUAGCUCAGUUACUCAAGUCAUACAUAGUUCUUAAAACAAUUUUAUAUCCGUAACCACCCCGUAUUCUUUGUAAUACUGCUUCACAUGGUACAGCUUUCUACUUUUCUAAGAACACCAACCAAACAAGUUUUAGCAGGUUUGAACACUGGGGGGAGGGGCCAGAUGUUCUGUGUAGUGUGGUACAAGUCUCUGACCACAUACACAUUGCUAGUGGGGGAUUUAAAUUACCAUGCAGGGUCUCACGGACCUCUCUCUGUUGUACAAUUUCGGCCUAUAUCAUAUCAGAAUUGCCAAGUUUUUCUGAAUGUGACUUUUUUUUUUUGCUAAUUUGCUGGGCUUGGGAUUAACUCGCAUUCUUUUGCCACCUUUUAUGUUGUAUUUAUGAAAAAACAAAAAAACAAAAAAAAAAAGGUAGUACCAUACUUUGGAUUGUUGUGCUGUUGUAAUGUGGACUUAACAUCAAUAAAUAAAUAUUUAACAGACGGCA